AUGUCAGCUUACAAAGGACAUCAUCUGCCUCCUUCAAAUUACUCUUAAAUGUCCUGCCCCAAUAGCUCUCCCGCUACGAACUCGUUUUUAGUAGAUUCCCUGAUUAGUGCGUGUCGGGGUGACGGUUUCUAUUCAAGCAGCUCUAUGUACAUGCCAUCGAGCACGGAUAUGGGAACUUACGGAAUGCAGACCUGUGGACUGCUCCCGACCAUGACUAAACGAGGAGAGGUUAGCCAUCAAAAUAUGAGCAUCAGCGUUCAUCCGUAUAUAUCUCAGGUAGAUGGCUGGCCUGAUCAUUCCAGACCAUGCCGAAUUGAACAACCUGUUACUCCACAGAUGCCCACGUGCUCCUUCCCUGCUAGCAUAAAGGAGGAAAGCACUUGCUGCAUGUAUAAUUCAGAUAAACGGGCGAAACUCAAUCCGACCGCAAUCUCUACCUAUCCCAGACUGGUGUCCGAAAACUGUUCGAUUGAAAAUCCUGAGAUUCCCAUCCCGGGAUAUUUCAGACUCUGUCAGGCUUAUCCAUUGGAGAAAAGCCUGGAUUAUAGUCAAGCUGGGGAGAUCCGUUCAAAUGUAAUGCCGCAGUCAAAUCUAGGGCUUAUCAGUAAACUCCAGGUAUCCAACCAGUCACCAAUGGAAGGGAAAAUAAACGAGAAGCCAAAUGCGCAGGAAUCCAUUAAGGGGAUUUAUGUGGAAACUCCUGAACCAAAGCCGAGUUUAGUGGAGGCCAGUGUACCCGUUGAGGAAGCCGAAUCUGGCUCGGAACUGUCGGAUAACGAGACUAAAGAAGAGAUCAAAACUCCAAUCAGCAACUGGCUAACAGCAAAGAGUGGGAGGAAGAAGAGAUGUCCUUAUACAAAAUAUCAGACACUGGAAUUAGAAAAAGAGUUUUUAUUUAAUAUGUAUCUGACUCGUGAGCGCCGUCUAGAGAUAAGUAAGAGCGUGAAUCUGACCGACAGACAAGUCAAGAUCUGGUUUCAAAAUCGCAGAAUGAAGCUGAAGAAAAUGAACCGGGAAACUCGAAUUCGAGAACUGACCACGAAUCUAACCUUCUCUUGA